CGACUACCAAUAUCAUUUGAAGUGAUACUUGAACAUGAAGAAUAUUAUAUUAAUAGCUAUUUUUUUUACAUUUUGGACAUGUGCAUAUCAAACUAUGUCCAUAACUGUCUUGGAAUCAUCUCUUGCUACUGAAAUGAGACACGAGCAAUGGAUGAAAGAAUUCGGGCGUACUUAUGCAGAUGAUGCUGAGAAGAAUAAACGGUUCAAGAUUUUUGCAGAGAAAUUGGAAUACAUAGAGAAUUUCAACCGUGAUGGAAAUGCGACUUAUGAGUUGGGUCUGAAUCAAUACUCAGAUUUAACUGAUGAAGAGUACGUUGCUAAAUAUUCUUGUAUCAAAUUUCAAAGCAAAGUAAACUACUCAUCUAUACUGAAUGUGAGCGAAAUUUCAACUACCAAUCCAUCAAUAAAGAAAAGAAAAAGAAUUCCAGAUUUUGUAGAUUGGAGAGAUAGUGGAGCUGUCACUGACGUCAAAGACCAAGGCGAUUGUGCAAGUUGUUGGGCAUUCGCGGCAGCAGCAGCUGUAGAAGGAAUUAUACAAAUCAAAACUCAGAAUUUGACGUCAUUGUCAGCUCAAGAAUUGGUAGACUGCGACAAAAAUAAUUUUGGUUGUGAAGGAGGUCACUUAGAUACCGCAUUUGAUUAUAUUGCAAAGAAAGAAAUAGCAACAGAAGCAGAUUAUCCAUACAAAGAUAAACAAGGCACCUGCCUUAACGACAAAAUAAAACGUUCUGCGAAAAUAAAAGGUUAUAAAAUAGUACCAUCCGGUGAAGCAAACCUACAAGAAGCCGUCGCAAAUCAACCGGUCGCAGUUGGAAUUCAAACUAACAUAAACUUUGCUAACUACAAAGGAGGAAUAUUUGGUACUGGACCAUGUAAACCCCUUCCCAAGCUCAAACUAAACCAUGCUGUUCUGAUAGUUGGUUAUGGAGGGGAAAAUAGAAACGCAUAUUGGUUGAUUAAGAAUUGGAGAGGUGAAGGUUGGGGUGAGAAGGGAUACAUGAGAGUGAAAAGGCAAGGCAAUUCUCGUUAUUCUGUUUGUGGUAUUAAUAUGGUAGAAUCUUACUAUCCGGUCUUAGAAUAG